CAAACUGCAAACAUGCCUUCAACUUCCCUUCCGACACUUCCUACUGCGUGUAAACUGCAGCGAAGCAUCGGGUCUCCACAAGGCGUCCCUGACGCAUCGCCUUCGCCGUCUGACAGUGAGCUGGACAUCUCCAGCCUGUCCAGCUUGGAAUUUUGUAUUCCGCCCCCGCGGCGCUUCAGCUUCCACAGCCACCAUGCACCGAUCAGCAACCGCUUGACAAGCGGCUCCACGAGAGAGCGUUUGCACGCACAGCAAAGUGCCAGGAAACGCUGUGCGGACCAACAAAACACGAGUAGAGCGGCCGUUCCCCCAAAGAGCAUCCUGAAGAAGCACAAUCCGCUGGGGGUACAGCACGCGUAUGAUGUCAUCAGGAAGUCCAAGUCAGUGGAACUGUUGGACGGCAGCACGGGGCAGGAGACCUGCUGUCUCCCAACUUGCUCUUUAGGCCGGGGGCCGUCCUCCAACGUGCGGCGCUCAUCCAGCGUGCGGCGCUCGUGCAGCCCGCCUUCUCCCCGCAGCAGCAAACACUUGAAAUGCAAGAUGCAGUUCCUGGAAGAGAAGGUUCGCUUCUCCAGCUUUCUGGAUGAAAUCACCUGCCGCGUCCUGAGCCCCGCCCACCUCACAAUGCUUGGCAAGGAGGCCUCCGGAGUGUGCGGAAGCCCCAUGCCUCGCCACCAAGGCGAUCCCCAGAAGAAGCAGCCGGCAGGGGCCAAGUCAGUGGACCGCCGGCAGCGUUGGGAUGGGUGGGUGGCGGCGCUGCAGCAGUCGCAGCGUUUCAAACCCCUGGAGGACAGUGCUCUGAGGAGGGAGACCCCGGAACACCGGGAAGCUAUCACAAAGGGGGCGGUGCAUGUAGAGCAAGUGUUGAAGGUAAAUGGAGGAGAAAAGUUGGAUUGUCGACAGAUAGAUGAUCACAAACAUGGACUUCCUGUUACUAAACAGGAUGUAGUGUCACGUACCAAGGAUGUUUUAUCCAAUUCCAACCGCAUCAGAAUCCUUCAGCAGCAGAAUGAGGAUCUGCGCCGACGCCUUUCUCUCUCCACUCACAAGAUGGAGGCCAUGGAGGCGGAGUUUGAUGGUGGCCGCCAUUACAUGGAGGCGGAGCUAAGUCGCACCAGAGACGACCUCGACAAGAUGAGGGACAAGUUUCGCCGACUCCAGAACAGCUACACGGCGUCUCAGAGGGCCAAUCAGGACUUGGAGGAGAAGCUUCAUGCUCUGGCUGCCGUCAGUCAAACCUGGGUCCAUGCACUACGCAAGGUGGAGAGGGACAAAAAGACGAUGGACCAGGAGAUCGUGGAGCUCACCAACAAAUUGCUGGAGGCCAAGAACACCAUCGACCGCCUGGAGGAGUUGAAUGAACGUUACCGGCAGGACUGCAACCUCGCCGUGCAGCUGCUGAAGUGCAACAAGUCACAUUUCAGGAACCACAAGUUUGCAGAUCUGCCGUCGGAGCUGCAGGACAUGUUGAACAAACACAUGAAGAGCAGCCUACCUGAGCGAAGCCCUGCCCCCUCCGGCCAGGACCCGGACACACUCAGUUUGACGCCGUCAGACGUGGUCCCCACCUCCGUCAUCGCUCGCGUCCUGGAGAAACCCGAGCCGCUUCUUCUCAACUCGGCCCAGUCCAGCAGCUGCGGCUGGCCCGUGGCCGAAGAUGUCUUUGUGCACGUGGACAUGACGGGCCCGCAGGCGGUGCCCGCAGAGGGGAGAGGUCGUGACGAGGGCGGCGCCGAGGAGACGGCCACGCUCAACGGCUCGUGUCAGAGCCAAAGCAGUCUGGACGCGGGCGAGGAGGUGGGCAGCACGCCGUCCUUCGACAAGCUCAACCCCUACCCGCCGCCACCGCCACCCAACCCGCUGUACCCGGGUCGCAAGGUCAUCGAAUUUUCCUCCGACGACAAAGUGAAGAUCCCCAAGAACAGCCCUCUGCCCAACUGCACGUACGCCACCCGCCAAGCCAUCUCGCUCAGCCUGGUGCAGAAUGACGACCCGCCUCCUGGCAGCCCCACCCUCUCACGUGGCGGCGGAGGGAUCCAGCCCUCGCGGCAGGACGCUGGCGUGGAGCCGCCGUCCAACCAGUCUAGCCCCUUCAGCAGCCCCCCCCAGGCGCCCAGCGUUCUCACCAGCUCCGGCAGCUCGGAGGAGGAUCUUCUGGCCAAUUGGCAGCGUGUGUUUGUGGACAAGAUGGCCGCUCAUCCACAGCAGCCGCAGCAGGCGGCGGGCGGGGCGUCCUCGUCCGAGCGCCACCGAGCGGCGUACUCCGACGGCGAGGAGGGGUCCUCCGCACACAGUUGGACUCCAAGCCGUGGCUCAAGCCUGGACACGGACACGGACACGGAGCCACGCCCCUACGGGAGGGGCCAGUAUGGAGGCAGCGGUGACUCGGUGGAUGGUGGCGAGCGUCUGCUGAUGAAGCUGGACGAAGAUGGCGUUAGUGGGGACACGGCGGUCGCAAUAACGACGCACCACGCCGACGCACGCCAGGAAGAGGAGGAGGAAGAGGAGCGGGAAGUCCCGCCGCGCCUCAUGGACUUUGACUCCGCUUUUGCUGCGGCGGCGCUGCCCCGACCUCACAGGAGCCCCAAGAGGAUGGGCGUGCACCACCUGCACCGCAAGGACGGCCUGAGCCACGCCCACCAGCACCUGAUGGACUGAAGCCCCACCCAGCCAGGUUAGACGUCACACCCACCAAGGAUACAGCCAUACGUGCACACGUGUCGAAGUGAACGCGCAUGCUCUCCGUGCCUAACAUCUGCGCUACAACGUCAGGUCAAAGGUCAGAUAGAGUCAUCAUCCACUGUAGGGGCGGGGCUACUGGUUUUCAUCAAUCACAAACAAGAAAAUGGUCAUUUUUAUUACUUUUAUUUGUGUUGUGCAUUAGCAUUAACAUGCUAGCAUGUUAGUACGCUUGUCUUCUCGUUUUCUUUGCUUGAUUGAACUUUUUCUUCCUCACCAACGACACAACGUGAAUGACAUUGAUUGAUUGAUUGACAGGAUGUCUGUCUCCAUGGGCCGCUAUUGAUCACCGCUGACGUUUUACGGAUGCGUGAGGCGCGGUCAAAUUUCAAAAUAAAAGUUAUUUUCUGGUUCGAUGAUGAGGUCACAGACUGAGCCACUGUUGCUUUGUGGGACAUGUAUGUGUGUGUGUGUGUGUUGAGCUAGGCUAACAUUGCAGUACUACUGUUUUCCGAAAUGUUCAUUGCAAAACUGUUGAAAAGGGCUGCUAACAAAAUAAAAGCCUCAUCGGCUGCUGUAAGAGCUCCCAAAGGCAGUGGAGUCUUCCUCAUCGCCAUUUCAAUAUUUCAGAGGAAACAGUCAGAGUAAAAAUAGAUUUUACCUUCUACAACUUUAAUGAGUCAUCGCUUCUGAUUGUCGUCUUGGGUUUUUAUUCUUUCUCUCAAGGCACCCCCUCCUCUCCUCGGUUGUCACGGAGACGCCUUCAUCUUUUAAAUGUCCACAUGGCCACUUGCCAUCGUUUUUUUUUUAAUCCCAUUUUGUCAUCAAUAUUUCUGAAAGGACAGUAAAUGAUAUUGGCAACUUUUAUUUUGAAGUGGCCUUCCAUGUCCCACGAUGCAUCAGGACGGCUGCACACAGGAAGUGCUUGUCACACGAGAACGGCAUUGUCAGUAUUUUAUUUAUUAGUCAACAUGGUUUUCAGACUCUGUGUUAGCUUCUUGUGUUUACUUAGCAAACCUGUGCUAGCACGCGUGACAACACAACAUGGCCACCAGGGGAGCUCAGCAAAGUGACGGACAGGAACUUUAAUGUAACUCCGCCUCCUCGCCAACAGGUGCUCUCACGGUCGCUGACCUUUACACUGCAAGCGUCCCCGGCUGAACUGUUCCCGUAAUUUCAUGUCCUUGUCUUUUGUUUGACGAAAGUGCUUCAAAUGAUGAAUGAAUGAUUUUAUUUUCUCAAUUUGUAAGCUGAUGUAUAUUUUCAAAUUAAAAAUGUAAAGACUU